UAAAAUUGGGCCAAAAGAAACCUCACUUCGGAGGUCAAAAACUGGAAGCUGGCCAUGGACGAGACGACGGACAAAUCGAACGCAUUGACCGAAGAAAGAACCUACCUGGAAGCAGUUUUCCUAGAUGGCGAAGUACAUGUCAGCAAGGGAGAUGAAAGUCUCAUUGGGGGCGCAUCGAGAGUGUUGAUCCAUUUGGAAAGCAACGCUAUUGACUUGUCAUUGGAGCAAGAAGGUGGAGCUCUUGUGUCGUUUCUCGCAGAUUGGAAGCUAUUGAAAGAUCUGCACUUUCUCCGCGACUGGGAUGAUGAUGCUUGUGAUCUCCCCGUGGCAACCCUUGCAGAACUGUUUCGGCGUGGUUCAGCUGCAAACCUCUCCAUUCUCUCUUGUGGCCAAAAUGUGCUGACAGCAGGGACCGCGGAAGAAUUCAUAUCUCUUGUCAAGACCAUACAACAGUGCACGCCCUGCCUAAAGGUUCUAGAAUUGCCAACGAUUCGAAUACGUGAUUCAACCCAGCUGACUGCGGAUACUCGAGGGUUCCUUGACCCUUUGCUGCCACUGCUUGUCGAAGGGUCGGAGCUCUGCAGGCUGGGCUAUCGGCCUCAUUUUGUGACGGAACGAGGCAUUGAAGCAGUUUUCGCGUCCUCCCGAUUGAAGGAGCUACAUCUGUGUGCCCAUGCAUGGCCGAAGGAAAUUGCAGCGGCGGCUAUGCGUUGCCUCGCAGAAAACAGAACUGUGACGACCUUUGAUAUAGUUUGCUCAGAGAUCAGCGCAGAAACAAGUGCCGCCAUUUGCCAAGCCCUUGAACGCAAUGAAACGCUACAAACAUUUGAACUUUGGAGCUGGGAAAGCGUUGAACGGGACAAGACUAUUCAAAUCCUCAAGUCACUGACCGUCUCGAGAUUGAAGAGUUUUACAUUCAAAUGUCACGGAUGUUUGCCUCUUUGCUCUGGUCUCCUUUCAAUAGUUGAGCAAGUACUUGAGAAGAACGUGCAUCUUGAGAAAUUUGAUGUUUGGUGCUCUGAUUGUCUACCAAGAGAAGCGGAAGAGGUUUUUGACUUUUGGCUGGCUUUGAACGCGAGAACACAACGGGCUUCGCUGUUGGAGAAUCCUCUCAAUCACGAAAAGUGGGUGAAAGCACUCAUCCAAUCCAAGUGCGACGUAGCUUCAUCGUUCUACUUGCUCUCUGAGAACCCUGUACUGAUUGCUCAACUCAUGCAUCGCCCAUGCAAGACUGUCCAACCUGUCAUUGCCAAGCGAAAGCGUCUCUAUCGCCGAGCCCAGCACUGUGAAAUGAAGCGAUUCAAGUGCAGUGCGGCUGGGUGAAAGACUUGCUUCAUGGGAGGUGAAUCAACACUACGAAGUCUUCUGUUUGAUUCGAUAUGUGAAAGCUGGUAUGCAGCACAUUCGGGGUUGCCUAUAACGAAAGGAGGCAGAAUGAUACCUUUGGAUCUAAUGUUGCUGGAAAGGAGCUGCAUGUCUGCUCUCGUCCAACCCUACCGGUACUAGUAGGUGGUCUAUGUUGCAGCUACGAAGUAAAGGGCUUUUUUUUAAACUCGAAAAGCAGUGACA